AUGGCCCAACCCGACUCCGACUACGAGCUCAUAACCGAGCAUCUGGGCUAUCCCCCUGUAACACUGACGCCUCUCAAGGCCCUAUUAGACGACAUCAUCAACACCGUCAACGUGCUAGCUGACCGCGCCCUCGACUCGGUAGAGCAGCUCCUCCUGUCUAUCCCGCCGUCGAAACUCGGCUUCCGUAAACCGUCGUCCAAAAAGGACGCUCCGUCUGGCGGCGGCGCGGGCGGCGCUGGGAGCAGCGAGGAUGAAAAGCCCGAGGAUGCGGCCCGUCGCGAGAUCGAGUCGGGCACGCACAAGCUCGAGACGCUCCUGACGGCCGCCAUCGACCGCAACUUUGACAAGCUGGAGCUGUACGCCAUGCAGAACAUCCUGACGGUGCAGCCCGUCGACCUGCGGCCGCACGUGCGCCUCGCGCACUAUAAGGAUCUCGACCUCUCGGGGGACGACCAGCAGGACGGGGACUCCCUCGAGGGCGUCACCGCGCUCCUUCGCAGGGUCGAGGCCUCGCAGCGUCUCGGCCUGUCUCUGCAGCGCGAAAAGGCCCGCAACGACGCUCUCCUCGCCUCCUUGCGCCGCGUGGUCGGUGCCAAUGCGCCGCCCACCAUCAAGACCGAGGCUGUCGAGUCGCCGCCGCCGCCCGGCCCCCUCGCCUUCCUCAACGACGGCCCCUCCACCCUGUCGUCCGUCGGCUCCGCCACUCCGAUCACCACCACGGCCGAGUUCACCCUGUCCCAGCUGACCUCGCUGCGCGCCCUGUCCGCCUCCUUGCGCGACCUGAUGCCCGAGCUCACCGCCGCUUCUCUGUCUACCGACAACCCCUCGUCGUGGAGGCGCCAGCGCGCAGAGUACGUCGAGCAUUCGUCCCGCAAGUACCUCGAGAAAAUUUCCGGUCUCGAACUCGGCCCACAGGGUGAGGUGCGUGACGGCGAUUACCAGGGUAGGGGGAGGAAUCUGGCCCGUGACGAUGUCGAGGGCCUCGAGAAGGCUGCCGGUCUUUUGGGUCAGACUGCCAGGCUACCACCUGAUGAUCACGGUGAUGAUCACGGUGAUGACGACGGUGACAACGAUGAUGAAGUCAGAGGCGAAUCUUGA